CUUUUCUUUCUUGCUGGCAAUCUGUGCUGCACAAUGUUUUCAUUGUUCAGCAGGUUCACGCUUUUGCAUGGGGCGCUGGUUCAGCUCGUGCGGAACAUGCUUUGAGACCGCUUUUAAAGCCAGUUUCGUUGUGUUGUGUACUCCGCUUCAGGUGGAGGGACGCUCUGGUGGACAUUGAGGACGCUUCCAACAUAACGUUGUGGUGGUGGUAGAGAGCCCCACCAUGGCACUGACUACAUCAACCAGUUCUAGCACGAUCUGUAGCUUUGGCAGUAAGCUCAACCGCAUAGCUAAUGCAGAUUGCAAGCACAGGCAAAGCCUAGCGUGUUCAUCAAGGUAUCCAUCGUUACAGACGCACCCCCAUGUCCCACUAACCGGGUUUCAUUUUCACCCUCCACUGAGCUGCCGAAUGAUCUCAAGAACCGCAGGCCGGAGAGGCAUGUUGCAAACGUGUCAUGCUGCAAAGAGUAAGGACGUUGAUAGGAGGGCUGUAGACAAGUCAAAGAUUCUCAAGGAGGAUCCUUAUGGGACAAUUGAGGACGUCAUGUCAGAGAACGUGGUUUGUGUUCGGGAGGAAGACACGCUCGAAAGCAUCUUGGAGUAUCUCGAAAAGUAUACCGGUCUUCCAGUGGUGGAUGAGGAGGGGAAGUGCGUUGGGGUGAUAUCUGACAAGGACCUGGUUCGCUUCAUCAAAGAGCAGAAUCCAACGUCAGACGCCGAAGCUGAAGCGGUCUUGCAAAAUAAACUUGGGGACUGUAUGACGAAGCCCGCCAUCACCAUCCGGAAGAAGGCGGCAGUUGCGUACGCUGCCGGGUUGAUGCUGAACCAUAAGGUUCACCGUCUGCCUGUCGUCGACAAGAACGAGAAGGUGAUUGGCAUCGUCACCCGGCAGGACAUCUACGAGCCCCUGAUGCCCGCCGUUAACCCGCUGUACAAAAAGCGCGACAUGGACGAAACGACGCUCGCAGAGUGGCACGACCUUGGGGACUACUAGCUUGGCUUACGCGCUGUAUAGACACAUAGGCUAAAAAUGUAAGUUGAGGACCACGUAGGCUAAACAGUCUUCCUGGCCAACGAAGUAGGACUCCGGGAGGAACCAACAGUGUUCAGGAGGUUGAGGAUUGUCUUACAACGGUAUGUACAAGCUCGCUCGUGAUAUGAAGAGGGUUAGAAAUUAGGAGUAGCAAUUGCGGGAAUGUAUACCAGUACAAACGUAGGCUGAAGAGUGGAAACAGCUGUGGCCUUGGUCUCUCGAUUGAAGCCAUCUCGGCAAGUGGCCGGGCUUGCGGCUGCUUUUUUUGAGGGUUUACAAGAACCGUUGAACUGAGGAGGCCCGGGAGCAGCCAGGAUGCCCCGUGGCAACUUGAGCGGUAGCCAGCUUCUGCCUGAUCUUCAUCGAUAGCGGAGUCUUUUCGGUGCUGACCAAAC